AUGCAGGAGCCAGAACUUGUUGCAAAAGCCCUGAGAGCUGUUCUUCAUGCUUUUAAAAAUGGCAUACGUUUGUCAGAACUUCAAAGUGAAUACAGAUCACUGACCAAUGAGUUAAUUCCCUUCAAGCACCUAGGAUAUGACACACUGGAAAGCUACUUGGAGAGUGUCCCAGGAGUGGUCAAAUUGGAAGAGAACAAAAUGGGAGAGGUCAUUUGCCAUGCUGUUAGUUGCAGUGAAACUGUGCGAGUUGCUCAACUGGUGGCCCGACAGAGGAGUUCCAAGAAGAAAACUGUCCGGCAGGUGAAUUGUCAGAUGAGGCUGAAGAACACAUCUCCAGUCAGUUUAUCAGGAAAGCCCAAAGGAACUUUGCGGCAGCCCCGGUCUUUGAACAUGCCAGAAGAAGGCAGUAAGAGGCCAGUUCCUCGCCUGCCCCGAAGCAGAGAAAUGGCAUGUGGAGGUGUGAAAUCUGGUGUGGAGAAUGCCCGAUCUGCCUUACCUUCAGCUGCUGGGAGUGGACCACCUAAAGAAAUCCCCAUGCAGAGGCAUGUCACUGUGGUAAACAGGUCUGAGAAGAGACUGACUGUCCCACCACGGUUUCAAAAGGAGUUGCAAGUUCACCUCUCCAGAAGCUCUUCCACAGAGUCAACUGAUAGCUUGAAUACAUCCAUUGCAGAGACACAUACUGUUGCCUCUGGCUCUUCUGCUGCCGAUGUCCAUGAACUUCAAAGUCGCAUUAAGGAGCUGCUGAGCAAGUACAGUAGUGGUGUCAGGGUGUCCAAGAUGCCUCAGAUCUAUCGGGAAAUGUACUGGGAGGACCUUAGCACAGAAGUGCUCUAUCAGCUUGAGAACUGGCCUCAUGUGUGCACAGUGGAGAAAAUACACAGAGGUGAUCCAAUGGAUGGAUUUCUUUAUCCUGCUAAGAAAAUACCACCAGCACCAAAAAGCGAUACUGAGCAAGAAAAGGCAUCUCAGAAUGUUACUUCAUCAAAAGCAGAUCCUUUGUUGAAGCCAAGUAUGGAGACCACACCUGCAUCACUCAGUAGCGACUUCAAGGCAAAAGUUGUUGGCAUCUUGCUGAAGUAUUCCAAUGGUCUUUGGGCUCAUGCACUUCCCAAAGUGUACCAAGACACUUACCAAGUAAAAUUUCCAGAAGACAUUCUAAAUAAUCUCGAGUUGCUGUCAGAUGUAUGUGUCGUGGAUUAUGUAUCCAAAGUCCCAAGAAGGGCAAUCCUCUAUGCUAAACCCCAAAGAUGCAUUGAUGAAAAUCUGAAUGUCACUGAGAAAGUCAAGAGGCAUGAUGGUAUGAAGGCCACAGCUGAACAGCAGUAUGAAGAAUCCAAGGACCAGUGUCUAGAAAACAUAACUGUUCCUGCUCUAGUCAUUCCAUCGGAAGGAUCUGUGUCCAUCAUGGUGUUAGAAUUAAAAAACACUAAUGAGGUCCUAAUUAGGUAUGUUGGCAAAGAUUAUUCUUCUGCCCAGGAACAAAUGGAAGAUGAAAUGAAAGCAUACUACAAUCAGAACAGUGCAGUGUCACCAGCUCAGUCUCUGAGUAUUGGGCAACUUGUUGCAGUCCAUGCUGAAGAAGAAGCCUGGUUGCGUGCACGUAUAAUUUCUCUAGAAGACAACAGAGUAAAGGUAUACUAUGUUGAUCAUGGCUUCACUGAGUUUGUUGAAAGCAACAGUGUGUGCAGCCUACAGAAACAGUUCAGAUUGCUUCCUUUUCAAGCUGCAAAAUGUAAACUGGCAGGACUGGAAGCCUUCUGUGAUGAUCCUGUCCUAGUAAAGGCUGUGGAAUCACAGACAUGCUUCAAGAUAUUUGCUGUGGAAAUACUGGAAAAGAGUGAUAUUCCUCUUCUUGUUCUCUAUGACACUUCUGGAGAAGAUGAUAUAAACAUCAAUUCUACUUGUCUGAAGGCACUGUAUGACAAGUCCCUUGAAUUGCACCUACAGGUAGAUGCACUAUAUACUAAUGUCAGAGUAACCAGUGUUUCCUCUGAUGGGAGCCUGUAUUGUCAAGUGCCAUCCAAAGGCUUGUCUAGACUUUCUGAAACAUUGCAGAAACUAGAAGACUACUUUCUUUACAAGCAGACAUCUGAGUUCAAUGUAUUGCUGCCUUUCUGUGGCAAAAUCUGCUUGUUUCUUUCCAAAGGAAAAUGGGCACGUGUAGAGAUAAAAAUCAUUCACACUAGACGGGCCCUUGAUGUGCAGUUUAUGGAUAGUGGAACAGUUGCAACUGUGAAAGUAUCAGAACUCAAAGAAAUCCCACCACAGUUCCUGAGAGAAGUAAUUGCAAUACCUCCUCAGGCUUUAAAAUGCUGUCUGGCAGAUCUGCCUCCUAACACUGGCAUGUGGACUCCAGAUGCUGUACUGUGGCUGAGAGAUGCUGUAAUAAAUUGUCCUGAAUUUAGCAUGAAGGUGAUUAAACAGGAUGCUUCAAAAGGAAUUGCACACAUUUAUUUGUUUGCUCCAGAGAAUUUCCCAGACAUGGAUCGUAGCAUCAAUAGACAGAUCAAAAAUGCAGACUUGUGGAAGCACCAGAAAGAUGUUUUCUUGAGUGUGGCACCCGGUGGGACUAGCUCCACAAAAGCUAUAGGUGAUGCUGUUUCAGCUCUACAGUUAUCUAGUGGGAAGCUGGAGAAGAGUUUCCCUGAUUCAGGCAGAGAACCUGGCAGUGCAGUGUCUGCUGUUGAUAUGCCUCCUCCUCUACCCUUGCCAAAGCCUGGUGACCUCAUGGAUAUCUAUGUCUCAGUGGCCUGCCAUCCUGGUCAUUUCAUUGUCCAGCCUUGGAAUGAGCUAAACAAUCUGUACGCCCUAAUGGAAGAAAUGAUCUUGUACUAUAGUAGGGCAGAAGAGAAACCUGUGAACAUUGAAAAAAAUAAGCUGUAUGCAGCUAAAAUUGGAGAUGAGUGGUACAGGGUCAUAAUAAAAGGAAUUCUUAGAAAUGGGUUUUUGUCAGUGUAUGAGCUGGACUAUGGCAAACAUGAGUUUGUCAGCAUACGGAAAGUACAGCCACUCCUGGAUACAUUCAGAAGACUACCUUUCCAAGCUAUCACAGCUCAGCUUGCGGGAGUGAAAAACCAGCAGUGGUCAGAAGAGGCAUCAAUAGUGUUUCGGAAUCUUGUAGAGAAGAAACCUUUUGUGGCACAGAUACAGGCAGUUAAUGACAGCACUAACUCUUGGGAUCGAAAAAUAGUGACUUUUCUUGUGGACACAUCUCUUCCACAUAUUGAUAGAUGGAUUCAUGAUUUUGUGUCUCAGAGUCUUGUGGAAUUUUCAAAGGGUGAUUAAUCAUCACUUCCACUAUGUAGCAGCUUAGCAAUAAAAUGAAUAACAGGCUUUGAAGAGAAAUAUAACUACAUGGCCUUGAAGACAUAA